UCAUCUGUACUGUCCGCAGUCUCUGGUCAUCCCUGUGCUGUCCGCAGUUUCUGGUCAUCCCUGUGCUGUCCGCAGUCUCUGGUCAUCCCUGUGCUGUCCGCAGUCUCUGGUCAUCCCUGUGCUGUCCGCAGUCUCUGGUCAUCCCUGUGCUGUCCGCAGUCUCUGGUCAUCCCUGUGCUGUCCGCAGUCUCUGAUCAUCCCUGUGCUGUCCGCAGUCUCUGGUCAUCUCCUGUACUGUGUCUGCAGUCAGCAGUCAUCCCCUGUACUAUCCGCAGUCUCUGGUCAUCCCUGUGCUGUCCGCAGUCUCUGGUCAUCCCUGUGCUGUCCGCAGUCUCUGGUCAUCCCUGUACUGUGUCUGCAGUCUCUAGUCAUCUCCUGUACUAUGUCCGCAGUCUCUGGUCAUCCCUGUACUGUGUCUGCAGUCUCUGGUCAUCUCCUGUACUAUGUCUGCAGUCUCUGGUCAUCCCCUGUAUUGUGUCCGCAGUCUCUGGUCAUCUCCUGUACUGUGGCCGCAGUCUCUGGUCAUCCCUGUACUGUGUCUGCAGUCUCUGGUCAUCUCCU